AUGCUAUUCGCAAACCAAUAUACCGUUUUCUGUACAAUUGCUACAUUGAUUAUUACUAUUACUGGUCAACAAAUAUGUGAAGAUUUCUCAGCUGAUGCAGGAAGCUGUACAAAAUUCAUUCGAUGCUUUCAUAAUAUCCGUAUUCGAUUUACAUGUCCUUCUGGUACAGCCUGGGAAGAAUCACUUCGAACAUGUCUUUCAACAGAAUAUGUUGAAAGAUGCCAAAAAAUAAAUCAAAAACGUAUAGCCGUGGAUGCCACCAAUGAUACUGAUCUAUUCGAUGCUGAUAUUGAUGCUCUUCUUAAUAUAACUAUGGCUGCGAGCAUAGCUGAAGCACGCGCACUUGGACCUAUGAUUAUGCCAAGACAAUAUCGAUGCUCAUUUUGUAAUACUGGUGCUUGUGCCGUUGUUGCUAACACAAUAAAAUGUUAUUGUGGCAAUUCUCAAUGUCAACCAGCAACAACUACAACAGUUCAACCACGAAACCCCUGUUCAUUUAAUCCCUGUGUCAACGGUGGUCAAUGUGUUCCAAUAGGCCAAGGAUUCAUUUGUAAUUGUCCAGCAACAUUUACUGGUAAUCGUUGUGAAGCACCAGCUCCUACACCUUGUCAACCAAAUCCUUGUCAAAACGGUGGAAUAUGCACUCCACAAGGCUCAUCAUUUACGUGUAUGUGCCUAACAGGAUUCAAUGGUUUCUGUUGCGAAAAUCGUAUAACAACAACCACACCAUUCAAUCCAUGUGCUCAAUCGCCAUGUCAAAACGGAGGAACAUGUAUUCCACAAGGUUCCUCAUUUAUGUGCAUAUGUCCAUCUACAUUUACUGGUUUUUGUUGUGAAACUUGUGUUACUACAACAACACCAUUCAAUCCAUGUGCUCAGUCAGUUUGUCAAAAUGGAGGUCAGUGUAUUCCAACGGGCAACACAUUUCUUUGUCAAUGCCCAAAUGGAUUCUAUGGUACCCGAUGUGAAUCUCGUAAUUAUUGUAUGCCAAAUCCAUGUGCUAACAAUGGUCUUUGCACACAAACAACAACUGGUUACAUCUGUUCGUGUUCAUUUCCGUAUACUGGCACUAAUUGUCAACAAAUAAUAAGUACAACAACAACUACUACUGUUGCUCCACGUGCACCAUGUGGUACCAACUGUGCAUGUGUUACAGCACCAUGUCCAGUUGCUGUUGUAACCAAUCCAUGUGCGCCAAAUCCAUGUCAAAAUAAUGGAGGAUGUGCUGUUCAAAAUAAUAAUGUAGCAAAAUGUUGGUGUCCAGAUAGUUUUCAAGGAUAUUAUUGUCAACAUAGACGCAGUGCUCGAUCAUUAAUAUCGAAAACAUGUAAUAAAGAUUGUCUUAAUGGUGGUCAAUGUUACAUUGAUGAAAAACAAGCUGGUCAAGCUUUUUGUUCAUGUUCAAAUGACUUUUAUGGAUCACGAUGCGAAUUCAUGAACCGACCAAAAUCAUGUUCACCAAAGAAUCCAUGUAUGAACAACGCUAAAUGUAUUACAACAAGCAGCGGUGCACAAUGUAUGUGUGAAAGGGGUACAUCCGGUGUUUUAUGUGAACGAAUUGAACGAUUAUUUAAUGAAAAACAUUGUCCGCUCAAUUGUCAAGCUGGUGGCACAUGUGUUUAUGUUAGUGCAACACCAACAUGUCGUUGUCCACCAGGUCUAAAUGGGCCAUUAUGUGAAAUCCGCUCUGGUUAA